AUGUUAGGUAAAACAAGUUGUGGUAUAACAAUCAAUCUUCUUCAACAUACUCCUGUCUUUACUGAUGGAACAUAUCUCAUUAUGUUGAUUGGACAUCCCAACUAUCAAGGCUAUCCUGUGUCUAAAGGUAAGACAAAACCUUUUACUAAGACAAGACUGAAAGUUUUUCCAUGCUAAGGAAAGCUUCCAACUGCCAUUAAUUCAUGUCACAGUUGUCUUUAAGUUGUGUUGUUUGUUUGUUUUGUUUUGUUUGUUUGGUUUGUGUUGUGUUGUGUUGUGUUGUGUUGUGUUGUGUUGUUUUGGUGUUGUGUUGUUUUGGUGUUGUGUUGUUUUGGUGUUGUUUUGGUGUUGUUUUGGUGAUGUUUUGGUGUUGUGUUGUUUUGGUGUUGUUUUGGUGUUGUUUUGGUGUUGUGUUGUGUUGGUGUUGGUGUUGUGUUGUUUUGGUGUUGUGUUGUUUUGGUGUUGUGUUGUGUUGUUUUGGUGUUGUGUUGUGUUGUUUUGGUGUUGUGUUGUUUUGGUGUUGUGUUGUUUUGGUGUUGUGUUGUGUUGUGUUGUUUUGGUGUUGUGUUGUGUUGUUUUGGUGUUGUGUUGGUGUUGUGUUGUUUUGGUGUUGUGUUGUGUUGUUUUGGUGUUGUGUUGUGUUGUGUUGUUUUGGUGUUGUGUUGUUUUGGUGUUGUGUUGUUUUGGUGUUGUGUUGUGUUGUUUUGGUGUUGUUCUGGUGUUGUGUUGUGUUGUUUUGGUGUUGUGUUGUGUUGUUUUGGUGUUGUGUUGUUUUGGUGUUGUGUUGUUUUGGUGUUGUGUUGUGUUGUUUUGGUGUUGUGUUGUGUUGUUUUGGUGUUGUGUUGUUUUGGUGUUGUGUUGUUUUGGUGUUGUGUUGUUUUGUUGUUGUUUUGUUGUUGUUCUUGUUGUUGCUUAUUGUUGCUGUUGUCAGUUUUGGUACAUUGCGUUUAUCAAUUUCGUUAUUUCCAGCGCCAUUCAACCGCUGUUAUUCUAUCGUGGAGGGAAAGUUUGUUAAAGACGUGAAUUUGAUCGAUGUCCCAAAAGCUGAAAACCCCAAAUGGCAAAGUGUUUCAUUGGCGAAUACUGGUAGGAAUGCAGGACGUGAAUGUAUGAAGGAUGUGUUCUAGUGAUGGCUUGCAGGAACCAUUACAGAGCAUGUUGUUGUGAAUUGUCACCUACAAUCAUGGUAUUUCCUACUUCACUAUAGGUAUAUGUUAUGAUCAUGUGAAUAAUCAAAUCUGGACAAGUAGUGAAGACUGUAUUGAAGAAUGGCUGAAUAUCGGAGCAUUGUCUUAUCAUCAUAUCGUACACAAGCUGUCGCCCAGAUCUCGAGGUGUGUUCUUUAUUUUGGCGUCUACAAGUAUGUUUAUCUUUCUGGUGGAAGAACUCGUGAGUUAUGUCCCGUUUGCAUGAGAUAGGAACAAAGCAUGAAGGGGACGAAAAUCUAAAUUCUUCAGACUACAGUCCGCAUGUGAAGCUAGAACAAGACCUCAUGUAAACGAGGCUUUAGCCUAAACAUGUUUAUAUACUAAUUAUCCAAUAUGCCAUUUUCUUUUUGAGAUACUGUAAGUAAGAAAUUUUAACUAUAUUCUUGCUAUUCAAAUCAUAAUAUUAUACUUUUCUAGACAGGUUUUCAGACGAUGAUAUGAUGAGCCCGUCAGAUUGUAUGACAGCCACUGCAUUACAAAUCAGCUUCCUAUGUUCAGCCGUACCACGUGACGUCACCAAGCCAUUGAUCUACGAUUUAACACUGGAUGAUGAGUACCAACAGCAAGUGUUAGGGAUAUUGGAUUGCGCAGUACGUCAACAAGAUCAGCGUGUCCUGCAUGCAGCGUUAAUUCUUAUACAGGUACAGUUUUCCUAACUUUAUACUGGAUAGUUCUAUCAGUUCUAAACUGUUUUUCUCAGCGGUUCCUUCAUUGGUCCAGUGUUACAACUAGAAAAACUGGAGAAAUACCCGGAGAAGUAACUGGAGAAAUCCCCUUCUCGCGCAACCCCCCUCCCCAAAUAUUUUGCACCCCUAAAAAGUUUUCCCACCCCACCGAGAGAAAUUUGCACCCCCCCCCUCAAAAAAAAAUUAAAUGCUCAUUGGGAUAAAUGACAGUAGUGUGUUUGAUUAAUUAAAUAAAACCAAAAGCAACUAGCAACUGCGCCCCCAGAUCCUUUGCUUGCUUGGCGGUGCUAUGCUUAAUGCAACUGGAACAAAACUAUAAUCAGAAACUGCAUAAUGCAGGAAUCGAAACAGAAAGAGGCGACGUAUCACCCACACGAGUUUUCUGCUUGUUCAUUCAGACAUUGUUCUCAAAAGUCUAUGGCAACAAUUCCAAAUUGGACGAUGGUAUAUUGGCGUCUAUAAGGUAGUGUCCUGUAGUUGCUUUCUUAUUCAUUAGAGAGGUUCAGAUUUGGCUACUACUGCCUCUCAUAGUAUGCAUUUGAUUGGUUAAAUGGAUAUAUCAAACGCAUCUGAUUGGUUAAUCGGAUAUAUCAAACGCAUCUGAUUGGUUAAUCGGAUAUAUCAAACGCAUCUGAUUGGUAUUGAUUGAUGGUAGCGGUAGUCAAAUGUAAACGUCUUUAUUAUCAAGUACAAUGUAACCAAUGCUCGUUUAUAUAUCUUUAUUGUAGAUUUUAGCGUAAAUAGAAAAUGUAAGUAACGCGCGUUAUAUAUAAUUGUAGGCUGUUGAUUUGGAAAGUAAUUUGUUGUGAUAUCGUGGGAUUAAGUGAGAAAGUUCGCCAGGAAGCUUGUCACACAUUGAGGUGAGCUGUUCCGGAAAUACGUCAUCUUGGCUGUAGAGCCUCGUUUUCGUUGCGCAUGAUGUAAUUAUCGGUAAAGGUCUAAUAGAACUGUACGAUUCCGUAAAUGUCUCCAUCUGUAAUAAGAUAAAGGGCUCUAAAUCCAAUAUCUCAAUUAUGAAAUGAGGCUCUACAGCCAUGACUGAAUACUUAACGGCAGUGUGUAUUGGCAAGGCUUUCGUUUGCCCGUACAUAUAAUAUUAUACACAUAGAAUAUAUUGUAGAUAAGCUAAAUAAGCUGAAUAUUGUUUUUCAGAUCGUGUUUGGGUAUUUUUUAUCCAACUCUUGCUGAACAAAGUGCUGUGAUGAUGAUACUCUUUAAUGAACGUACGUACGCUAUAAUUGCAACAUAGUGGGCUGCUUCGGUAGUUCAUCCAAUAGUUUUUAUUGACUCCAUUAUUCUUACUUACCCUAUUUGGUUUUUAUUUUCCCAACAGCGGAAGAGAACGGCAUUGUGUAUUUAAAAGACGUUCUUCUCAGAGAUUUCGCACAAGCUCUCGUGCGUGAAGGUCCAAGCAACAAUGGCUGCGUUGGAUGGUAAGUCUGCAACUUAUUGAACCUUAUUUACUGAAAACUGCUAUGCUCUUACCUAGAUGACUGAUAAACUAGUCCCAGAUUUUGAUGUGACUAGAAACAACUAAAUAUUUGUUGAACAUCCUCCAACAUCAAACUCUCAUUUUACCGCCCCAGGUUUGCCGAAGACGUAGUGUUCACAAUUAUCACUCAGUGUACUGCUGAAUCCUGCUACUUCAUAUCGCUUGCUAAAGAAGGAAAAACGAAGGAUUACCAAUUCCCUGUAAGUCGAGUUCUCUGCAAGAAGAAUAGAUACUUCUCAAGAUUGAGCGCACACGAAGCAAUAGCUUGGAAUCGAGGCUGACGAAAUGAUUCUAGUUAUAAGUUAUUAUUAAGUCAUUGCCGACCUCGAGUUCUUGCAUUAGAGAGGUCCAGAUUUGACCUCUACUACUGGUACCUUUCACUGGCUUAGUACCUCCUUGAUUGGUUAAUCUGAUAUAUCAAACACAUCUGAUUGGUUAAUAGUCCAUUAAUGGUAACGGUAGUAGAAGUCAAAUCUGAACCACUAUUGUCUCAUGCGCUACUCAAGCAAAUUCAGGAAGUGUCUGUUAUCCAAAACCUUUUACCCAACAAUUAAAUAUAAUGACAAGUAAUCACUCACGAUGUUAUUUAGUUUAUUUCCCCGUUGUUGGGUUACCUCAAAGCAAUGAUAACAAAGACUUUGGAGGAGUUAUAUCUUGGACAUGAUGCCACAUUUCGCGUAAGUGUGAUUUCUUCAUUUUCUACCAAUUUUGUGCUAUCUUAUUUCGCAGUGAUUUAAUGUCAAUAUCCUGUGGCAUUUUAGGGUGAUGUUGAAGAUCUAUUUGAAAGACUUGUCGGAGGUUUUAAAGAGGUAAGUCUUUACAAUGAACUGCAGUUUUCUACCAUAGAUAUUUGAUAUUUCAUUUUCUACCAAAAUCUGCCCAUAGAUAUUUCACGUGAUAAUUCAACUUUCUAGGUAUCCAAAGUCGUCCUCGAUGUAUUAACAAGUAUUGACACAAAGAGUACACCAGGUCUCGAAGAAACAUUGUCACUUCUUCACAAUACUACCAAGUCUUCGAUGUUUGAACAAGUUAUGCCAAUAUUUCUGACCGCUUUGUCCGGUGUUUGUAAUCUGUCAAUCUGCAAAUUGUUGGCUACGUCCAUUGUGGAGUUGACCGUUACACUCACUAAGGUAAGUUCAACACCAGCAUACGCCUACUAUACUAACGCAUAUAAGAAAUGGUUGAGGGAACUGACUUAGUAUUUAACAUUGAGUCAAUUUCCUUGAUCAUUUCUUACAAAUCCUUCAAAACUAGAAUUUACCGAUGCAAAAUUCCUACUGUGAUCACAGAAACUUUGAUAGUGUCAAUCAGGCUUUGGUAUAGAAAUUGACUAAACAACAUUAUGCUUAAUCGUUUUCUAGAUUGCAUCUCUUCACAGAAAAUUAUGUCCGCUUCGUCAUGGCAGUUCUAAGAAUCCUUCACAAGUUCGUUGUUUCCUCCAGUCGGCAGACAAAGACACUAAAAAGCCUUUUGAUAAAGUGUCUAUUCCCAAACCCUGGCUGGGACCACAGACCGUAGCCAGCAUGCAUCCUGUUUGUGAUGAAUACAAAACACAGAGGACAGUAUCGUUGUUCGGUGCGAAAACGUUGUACUUGAAAUUUGACGAGAGAUGCGCUACACAGUACGAUUAUGAUAAGGUAGUAUUGACGUUAGAUGAAAAAUUUUAGAUUGUACUCCGCAAUAUACCACACAUGUACUUAGUGGCACAGUUUGAUUUGUUCAAAGUUCAAAGUGCUUUAAUAUAAUACUGCAGUUGCAUGAAAGAAGAGUGCUUUCAGUUUGACUCUACUAAACACCAGUUUCUUUUUGUAGUAACACUUGCAAGAUCUCUAGGCAGAACCGUUUAGAACUGACAGAACUAGCAUAAAUUUAUAUAGUUUAGUUAAGGUUUCCUCCUGUUGUAACACUGGAUCAAUUAGGGAUGACUCUUACUGGACCUCUAGGGAGAACAGUUUAGAACUGAUACAGCUAUCCAGUAUAAAUAAAGUUAGUGUAGUUUAGGUUUCCUCCUGUAGUAACACUGGAUCAAUAACGGAUGACCCUUACUGGACCUCUAGGGAGAACAGUUUAGAACUGAUAGAGCUAUCCAGUAUAAAUAAAGUUAGUGUAGUUUAGGUUUCCUCUUGUAGUAACACUGGAUCAAUAACGGAUGACCCUUAUUGGAUCUCGAGGGAGAACAGUUUAGAACUGAUAGAGCUAUCCAGUUUCGAACUUUCGGAUCUAUCUUCGUUUCCAUCCAUUAGCUUGUGGUGUACGCUGGUGCUAACAGCAGUUGUCCAAAGGUUGGUGAAUAUGGUGGCAACUCGUUUGGUUAUGGUGGUCGGAGUGUGGUCAAAACAGGUUGGCCUAAAGAUCUGGUCAAGGUACAUGCAUGCGUUCAUUCAGCAUCCUAAUCGACUCACACAUGUUUAUCCCACCCAGUUCACUCACAUAUUUAAUUUAAAUACUUGGUAUAUUCUAUGCUUACAAUCCUUACAUUAUCAGAACAUUGGUAACUAGGAAUGUGAGUUAUCUGAAAUCCUGCACAGAUGUGCGUUUAGGUCUAUAACGCUAAUGUCAGAUAUUAGAAAAAAUAAUUGGAAGUAUAUUUUGUAUUCACCCUUAGUUUAACAUGAUGUGAUUUUUAGGUGAAUGGUGAUACAGUGACGUUAUGUUUGGAAGUGAAAAGCACUCGUGAACGAGCCACGCCCGACAAAGCUGUCUGGGGUUACAGUGUUAUCGUAGCUGCCGAUCAGGUAUAUGCGCGAGUUUCACUUAGCAUUAUCGUGCAGAAGAUGAUUGUCAACCAUUAUAUGUAGUAAUUUCACAGCUGUUUUCAUUAUAUGCACAAUGGUAGUAUUGUAUUUGAUGGCAAAUGAAUUGAGAGAUUUAAUUUGCCGGGUCAGUGGCUGUGAGGUUGACCACCAUGACACCAUCUGCUGUUCUGUAUGAUAUAUUUUCGUGGUUAAUUUCUGUAGGAAUAUUUCAAAGAGAAGAACAAGUGCAGCGGUGGAUUAGAUCUCUUCACAGACGUUGCUUUGGCUGGCUCGUAUUUCACCUAUAACUUACUGAACAUGAUGUACUGUGGACCACUGCCUACCGACGUUGAACUGCGUUGUUCUCAUCUGUUGAAGUCGAAACUUUUGCAAAGGUAGAGUAUAUGUACCCAACUCGUAGAGUACACCUGUUUGAACCAAGUGUACUAGGGCUCAAUAAGAGAUGAUUCUUACUGGACCUCCAGGGAGAGAAAUUUAGAACUGAUAGAGCUACCCAGUAUAAAUAAAGUUAGUUUUGGUUUCCUCCUGUAGUAACACUGGAUCAAUAAGAGAUGAUCCUUACUGGACCUCCAGGGAGAAAAAUUUAGAACUGAUAGAGCUAUCCAGUAUAAAUAAAGUUAGUUUAGUUUAGGUUUCCUCCUGUAGUAACACUGGAUCAAUAAGAGAUGACCCUUACUGGACCUCCAGGGAGAAAAAUUUAGAACUGAUAGAGCUAUCCAGUAUAAAUAAAGUUAGUUUAGUUUAGGUUUCCUCCUGUAGUAACACUGGAUCAAUAAGAGAUGACCCUUACUGGACCUCCAGGGAGAAAAAUUUAGAACUGAUAGUGCUAUCCAGUAUAAAUAAAGUUAGUUUUGGUUUCCUCCUGUAGUAACACUGGAUCAAUAAGAGAUGAUCCUUACUGGACCUCUAGGGAGAACUGCUAUAGCACUAUUGCUAUCCAGUACAAAGUUAGUCGGUGCCUUAAUCUAAAUUAUUUUGACUACUGUGUUUAGAUGUAUUUGGAAGGACAGUUUAACAAUGAUCCAAGAUUCUCCAAAAGCCACAAAAGAUUCCAACACCUCAAGCAAACUCUCAGCAAACGUGCUGGACAAGUUACGAACAUGUUGUAACAGCCAACGCCCAACACUGCGCCCGAGCAUACAAAAUGUUGUCAAACCGCUGGACAUUGAAACCGUGAUCGUAAUUGCGGCCGUGAAGCACUAUGGGCUUACAUCAUGUGUAAACAAGUUCGAACUGGCUACUGGGAAUCUUUCAAAGAAGAAGGAAUUCAGUAGUUUACUUGAUGUUGCUGAAGAAACGUUCUUCAAGGUGGAUUCUCUCGUGCGGCGGUUGCAAGCCAUGGCGGAACUCGAGAAGAAGUGGUGGCAGGAUUUGAUGGAUAUUUGUAAGGAGGAUGUUCAACCCAGUGCUGCUUUCUUUAAUGAUUAUCACCUACAAGAGGUUGGUAGUAAUUGUAGUCAGACCUGUCAUUUUCCUAAAACCUCUCCAUGGCAAUCACGUGAAAAAUUGCCGUAGAGUGCAGUAGUUCUCCAGGACAAUUUUUGCUAUUUUAUGUAAUACACGUUCUGGGUGACAGGUUGUGGCGUGAACAUUUCUGUAUUUCGUCUGCGUUCAGAGAUUGAAUGAAUGAAUAAACGAAUAACUUUAUUUAAUAUAUCUAGCUAGCUAUUUACAGCUAAAUGUGGACACAAUGGCGUACACUAGGAGGGUGGGAGAAGGGCAUUCGUGUCCAUCACAUGCAGGUGAAACGCUACAUUUUAAAGUGAAGCUUUUUUUAUUCUAGGAUAAAGCGAAAGAACUUGAGUUGCUAUGUAACCUAAAGACCAUUCAGUUUGACCCUUUGGAUCAUGAAAAAUCUGUAGGAAGAUUGAUGUAAGUGUAGUUUAAAUGCUUGGUUACAUUUGUUCCAUUCCAUGUGAAUGUGAAUUGGAUAGCGCCAGAAAUUCUUUGAAAAGCCGACCCUAACAAGGACUGCUAAAAUAUCGACCUGUAAUUUAGGUCAGAUGUUCACGACAUGAUGCACAUUGCACAGGUCCCAUUUUAACUACCUGUUCAUUCAUUGCAGACAAAUUUUGGAUUACGAAUCUCGCGCUCUCUUAUCGAGUCACCAUGACGACGAAGACAUCACCGCCGUAUUUCCGAGAACCAGUGCUUACGUCAGCUGUGUGAUAGAACGAGCAGACCUAUUGUUGAGUGUCACGAUGGUGGGGAGUAGUUGUGGUACCGCCGUGGGACGUAGUGCUUCGAAUAUUGAUGAAACGAUCACGGGGAAAGGUAAUGGACUCCUCCUAUUGUUGUGGUAAAUAUAUGAUAGUACAAUUAAAGAACUAACUCUAUGUAUAUUGGAUAGCUCUAUCAGUUCUAAAGUGUUUUCCUUCGAGGUCCUUAAAAGGCCAUCCCUUAGUGAUCCAGUGUUAUACAGGAGGAAACAUAGCUCUGUCAGUUCUAAACUGUUCUCCCUAGAAUCGUGUGUUACUACAGUAAGUACGGGCUAGUUCAUUCAGUUAUGAAGUAUUCUUCUUAAGAUCUGUUCCUUAUUGGCAAUUGCUAGAUAGUAUACUUCAAAAUAAGGUUUCCGUUUUUAUAUCAAUUUUUAAAAUAACUAAAAUAAGUUAGGGUUAGGUUAGGUUAGGGUUUAGGUUAGGGUUAGGUUGGGGUUAGGGUUAGUAUUAGGGUUAGGGUUUAGUUUUGCGUUAGGAUAGUUUUUUUCUACUUUCUUUUGAAAUGUGUUGAGUCAACCUGAUCAUUUCCCUACGUAGGGAGUUCAUCUUCAGAGCAGGAUGGCAUGGUUACUCGGUCUGUAUCGGCGCCACAUCUACAACAGCCUGUCUCCGAGCAGUUAGUUCAAGGUCUUGAGGACUUGCAGCGCUUCAGAAGAUGGGAUCAAACAUUACGUAACCUACAUAAGAUGUCACGUGCCAGUUGGAGUGAACACAGAGAGUGUCCUGUCUCGGUUGUUGAACAAAUCUUCACGUUUGUCGCAGGAAGCCCUGAUGAAGCUGUAAGGAAAUUUUGAUAUUUUAUAUUUUGACCUUUCACAGUGCACACUGGUAACUCUACUUACCGGCGUCUCCAUAAGUCUCUACUGUUCUCUUGGAUGCACUAUUAUAGCCCUGGGCACUUCAUCAUACCUUUGGGUACUUAUACCCUUGGGUACUCUGUUAUACUCUUGGGUACUCUAUUAUACCCUUGGGUAGGUUUGGUAUAUAGAGUACCCAAGUGUCUAUCGUUGUGUUUCACUAAGCAGUAUGCAGUAAAUGAUGGUCAACCUGCAGUUAUCAGAGUGAGGAAAUAAUGUUCAUUCUUUUCAUUACAGAAUAUGUAGUAGUCUUGUAUUUGGUGGCAAAAAUUUUAUAGAAUUUACUGAAUAUGCACUGUAAUUUCCUUUCACCACGAUCUGGUGCUCUACAACGCUCACUACAACCCAUCCAUGCCUGUACUGUAUUCCACACUCAACUCUAGAAUAUUCAAUUUCUUUCCUUCAGGUGUCGUGUGGGUCUUUCCUUUCCGCAGCCCGUAAGAGAUGGCGACGCGGCAAAUACCGUCAGUUGGCGAUCCUACACAUGAAUAAACUAGCGACUAUAUCCUCCACUCUGGGCGUCACUGGAAUACAUUUACUGGGCGUUGUUGUCUCCAUCAUGAGUCAAGGAACAAAGUAAGCAAAGAGUUCAACUUGUUGUUUUAGUGAGACCGUGGUUAAGUCCUGCAUUAUGAGGUUGUCUCAUUAUAAUUUCACCUCAAUCCAAUGUGGGAAGAAUGCUUCCAGUUUGACUCUACCAAACAGCGGAGGUUUCCUCUGGGUAUUCUGGAUUCCUCCUCAGGGUGUCCACGGGCCUUGAAAUCUUGGAAUGUCCUUGAAUUCCAGGACUGGAAAGUCCUUGAAAGUACUGGAAUUAAUUUCCUGAACCUCCAGCUGUGACAACAUUACUGAUUUUGAUUAAAAUUACUGAAUAAAGUGAAUUAUUUACGGCAAAUCCGUGCCAUUUUCAAAGAUUUUUUCCCAGUUCUAGGUCCUUGAAUUUACUGAAACAGGGCCUUGAAAGUCCUGGAAAAGUCCUUGAAUUUCACCUUCACCAAAGGGUGGACACCCUGCCUCCUGUACUGAUACUCGGCUAAUAAGGAAUGAUCUCUAGGCAAAAUAGUUUCCUCGAUGGAGGGAAUCACGUUCUACUGCAACAGCCCAGAUUUUCAAAAUGUCUCACUACAUCAUUCUCAGAAAAAUGAAAAACUAUUUCUUAUAAAUUCUGACCACGAAAUUUCCGAAUUAUAAGUGUCAGAAUUAAUGUCUAAAACAUGUUAAAUUCUUGCCUUCUAUCCAGAUACCUAUGUCUCAUAUCUAGCCCUUUACGGUUAGGUAGCCAGACCUAUAUUUGAUGUAAUAUACUAAGUAAAUUCUAUAGUCUUUUCUUUGGGGUACAAUUAAAUUAUUGUUGUAGACUGGAUGAGCUGGAAUGUAGUGGCAUGUUGAACGAUGUUCGUGACGAGUACGGGAUGUUGUUACGACAUAUUGUGGAUCAGUCGGUGGGCAUGCUGUCACGCCACUGUGAGAAGUUGAUCAUCCUUGCCACCACGCCUUUCACAUUGUGUGAACGUCAAGAUGUCCUACGGAGCAGUUUGAUAUUAAUGAUUAACAAACUUUGUAGUUCAAGUAAUCUGGAUACGGGAUUGUUAGAUCUCACUCAGCGGAAUUAUGCAUGGAGAAGUUUUCAAGUCUUGAUUGAUCGUCUUGUGAGUUGGGAGAGUGACACAGGUAAGGAAACGUUUAUACUUGCAAUUUUUGUUGCCAUUUUAUUGGGCUGUACAGCCUCGUUUUCGUGUAUAUGACCGAUUUUAGGACGGCAACGCGACGACCAAAACAAACUCCUUCAAAUAAAUGGUAGUGAAGAUAAUUCGUCGUAUAUUAUCAAUCGUAUGAUUUAAUACAGUCUUAGAAGUUGAAGACAUGGGCUUUAUGUUUGGGAAGAGUUCUGCUGAACCCAUUUUGAAGUUGCACUUGUUGUGGCUUGGAAUGCAGCCGUUGUAUCAAGACGUGAAAAUCUGUGAUUUGGCGUUGUAAACAGACCGAGGACAAUGUCUAAAUUAUUCAUAUAUUGUAAUUAUUCAAUUCAUUUCAAUGAUCUAUUGUAUUGGUAGCCGUUGCCGUCGCGUUGCCGUCCUAAAUCGUAAGGUCUCUAAUAGUUAAAGCCCAACAUUCCAAUCAUGAAAACGACGCUCUAUAUAGCCAAGGUGACGUAUUUCCCGGAAGCGUGCAUUAUUUAUUAGAUAACUUCUGAAAGACACAUGCACUGACCACUGUGUCAUCAACAGCCCUCGAUUAACAAUCUUGUGUUUUAUUUCAGCACAUGAUCCUGAAGAGAUCGAGUGGUCUGGUGUUGCUCGUCAAGUGGCGACGGUUCUCACCAGUUAUCUCCGAUAUCUCGAGAAUAAAGUCAGUAAACAUGAUGUUGUGACACGCGUCAGUGAUCCGUUACAUGAAGUAUUGGAACUACUGCAACGAAUAUCGGGGUAGGUGUGGUUUAAUUUACACCCCAUACAAAGCUAAACUAAGGCCAACAAAUGUGGGUUUCCGGUUUCCCGACCCUACCUAGCUUUUGGACCCCAAAAUCCCGACCCUAAACCUUUUUAUUGGAUCACACUUGUAAGUGUUUCAAAACGUUUGUGAAAAAUGAAAAUUUGAGGCAAUAUUAGGGAAAUUUAUGUUUGCAUAUUGAAGCACUGACUAAACAAAAUGGCGUCUGGUUGUUAGGAAAAUUUAAAAAAAAGUUUAAAAAAAAAUUAAAACCUACCUAAGUUUUUACAAGAGGAAAUAGGAAACCACAUAUUUUUUUUGCCUAAACUAACUUUAUUUAUACUGAAUAGCUCUAUCAUUUCCAAACUGUCCUUCGUAGACAUUCAGUAAAUGUCAUCCCUUAUUGGUUCGGUGUUUCCACGGGAAGAAAUCUAAACUAAACAGGACAGGCAUAACUGUUCCCCCCAGACGUCCAAUAAGGACCAGAGCUUAUAUAACUUGUCUAUUUGCUGAUCUUCUGCAGGAGUCAUUUAGGCGAGUGUGUUCUAUCUCAACCACACAUGAUCAAAAUUCUUCUCUCAGUUAUCACCGACCGUCAGGCCUCCCCGAAACACGUGCUCACGGCUCUAACCCUCCUGUAUUCCGCACUCCCCCUCACCGACCCUGACACUGACGUACCACUUACCUCUCCGUCCAUGGAAGCGUUGCCUGAUCGCUCAACGACCACAAACCAACGCAAGCCAUCGUAUACCGUGAUCAAGGUGUUGUUAAAUAAACUGGGGGAACUGUUGUUGCCGUAUAACACCUCCGACGACGGUGCUACAAGCUCGAAACGGCAGCGACGCUCAAAUGGUUAUGGGACCUCGGUGUUUUCUGUGUAUGUCCACAACAGAGGGGAUAUUGCGACACAUGAAAUUGUUCAGAAGGUUUUGAGGUUAUUAGUUACUGAAUUAAACUUUCUACUGGAUAGCUCUAUUAGUUCUAAACUGUUCUCCCUAGAGGUCCAGUAAGGGCACAGAGUAGAUAUAUAUACAGAGUUAUAACUAGUGUACCCAGUCUAGGGUUACUCACUAACAGGAGGAAACGUGAACUAAACUAACUUUUAUUUAUACUGGAUAGCUCUAUCAGUUCUAAACUCUUUUUCCUAAAGGUUCAGUAAGAGUCAUCUCUAAUUGAUCCAGUGUUAUUACAGGAGGAAACCUAAAGUAAACUAAUUAUCACUUAUUUACUGAGACCGAGGGAAACAGUGUGUUUUGUGGACCCGAGACCGUCGAUGUUUCCCGAGGCGAAGCCGAGCGACGGUCGAAAGUCCACAAAACACACUGCUUUCCCAAGGUCUCAGUAAAUAAGUGUUUUAUUAUAUAUCAAUAGUCAAAGAAACAACAAAUUAAAGAACAAAUGAACGUAAAGACACGAAAUAUUUUAUUGUUAAAACGUUAUAUUAAACACUGGCUACACUGCAGUUAUAAGAAGCGAAAGUUUUAAUUACGUACUAGGCAUGUCCAAAGGUCGCACCUUCACGUGAUGGCGCACGUGAUUUUUUUGUUAUUCGCCGGUGGAUAACGUAUUAUCUCCCUCUCGCGCUGUUGCGAGGGAGACAGCCUAAUUUCGUCACUCUCACGUGAUAUGCUCUCAACCAAUAAAACACUAGAAAAAUGCGACUUUGACUAUUGAUAUAUAAUAACUUUAUUUAUACUAGAUAGCUUUAUCAGUUCUAAACUGUUCUCCCUAGAGGUCCAGUAAGAGUCAUGUCUAAUUGAUCCAGUAUUACUACAGAAAGAAAUCUAAACAAACUAACUUUAUUUAUACUGGAUAGCUCUAUAAGUUUUAAACCGUUCUUCCUAGAGGUCCAGUAAAGGUCAUCCUUAAAAAGGUCCGGUAAUGUUCUUCCUUAUUGGUUCUGUGUUACUACAGGAAGAAAAUUAGUUCAGGAGGAGUAGUAGGAGAAGACAUGCAGAAUGCUAUUUUUCUUUUUGUUAAAUCAUGUUCCCCACCUUUGAAGAUCAGAAAAAGCUUUAUACUGAAAGUAUAUUUUUACUAUUUAGUUCAAGUGGACAGCCAUUUCUCUUCCAAGUUGGCUUGGGUUCCCAGAUGGAACGAGCAAUCACGCUGAAUCGUGAGCUGUCUGAACAUGGCUUUGCUGAGGUACUCACCGACAAAAUGACCACGUGUUUAAAACAGGCCACGCGAUUGGCUCAAUCUGGUAUCUGUGUGAGUAUUUCAUCACCGCAAGAUGUGAAAGGAAUGUUUGCUGAGACUACGACUGACAGUCAUACACCAGAAGCUGUUUGCCAGGAGAGAAACAAGAACUUAGUUGGGUGAGCUUUGACUGGAAAAAACGUUCUAUUUGCCGUUCUUAUUUGAGUUUUUAAGUUCAAUAAGAGCCACUUCUCGUCGGUCUAGUGUUACUACAGGAGCAAACGUAAACUAAAUUAACAUUAUUUAUACUGGAUAGCUCUAUCAGUUCUAAACUCUUUUUCCUAAAGGUUCAGUGAGGGCCAUCUCUUAUUGAUCCAGUGUUACUACAGGAGGAAACCUAAACUAAAUUAACUUUAUUUAUACUGGAUAGCUCUAUCAGUUCUAAACUGUUCUCCCUAGAGGUCCAGUAAGGAUCAUCUCUUAUUGAUCCAGUAUUACUACAAGAGGACACCUAAACUAAACUAACUUUAUUUAUACUGGAUAGCUCUAUCAGUUCUAAACUGUUCUUCCUAGAGGUCCAGUAAGGAUCAUCUCUUAUUGAUCCAGUGUUACUACAGGAGGAAACCUAAACUAAACUAACUUUAAUUAUACUGGAUAGUUCUAUCAGUUCUAAACUGUUCUUCCUAGAGGUCCAGUAAGGAUCAUCUCUUAUUGAUCCAGUAUUACUACAGGAGGAAACCUAAACUAAACUAACUUUAUUUAUACUGGAUAGCUCUAUCAGUUCUAAACUGUUCUUCCUGGAGGUCCAGUAAGAAUCAUCUCUUAUUGAUCCAGUGUUACUACAGGAGGAAACCUAAACUAAACUAACUUUAUUUAUACUGGAUAGCUCUAUCAGUUCUAAACUAUUCUCCCUAGAGGUCCACCAAGGAUUAUCACUUAUUGAACCAGUGUUACUACAGGAGGAAACCUAAACUAAACUAACUUUAUUUAUACUGGAUAGCUCUAUCAGUUCUAAACUAUUCUUCCUAGAGGUCCACCAAGGAUUAUCACUUAUUGAACCAGUGUUACUACAGGAGAAAACCUAUGAUAGGUUGGCAAGCAGGAAUUUUGUCGCGCUGAUCAGUAAAUUUCUCUAGCGAACGCAAACAAUUCUCUUCAAAUUCAUACAAAACGUGCAACAGCAGACUGUUUUAUUAUUUUCAAAGGUUGUCCAGUGUAUGGCAAAAUCGAGAAGUCGUGUUCGAUUCACACAUUUCCCCUGGAGGACGAUGAGUAUCUCACUUCGGUGGAGAUCCGAGCGGGCGCGUGGGUUGACGGGAUACGUUUUCACUCAAAUAUGAAAUCUUCAAUUUGGUUCGGUGGCCAAGGCGGGAAUUGGUACCGAAUGACGCCAUCAAACGGAGAAUGCAUUACAGGAAUUUUUGGGACUUUUGGGGACUAUCUUGGAUCACUUGGUAUACAUUUGAAAAAGAGGUAUUUGUUAUACUGGAUAGCUCUAUCAAAUUUGUCUGCGCUAUCUAGAAAUCCAUGCCUUGUUUAACCAAUAUUACUACAGGAGGAAACCUAAACUAAACUAACUUUAUUUAUACUGGAUAGUUCUAUAAGUUCUAAACUGUUCUCCCUAGAGAUCCAGUAAGGAUCAUCUCUCAUUGAUCCAGUGUUACUACAGGAGAAAACCUAAACUAAACUAACUUUAUUUAUACUGGAUAGCUCUAUCAGUUCUUAACUGUUCUCCCUAGAGGUCCAGUAAGGAUCAUCUCUCAUUGAUCCAGUGUUACUACAGGAGGAAACCUAAACUAAACUAACUUUAUUUAUACUGGAUAGCUCUAUCAGUUCUAAACUGUUCUCCCUAGAGGUCCAGUAAGAAUCAUCUCUUAUUGAUCCAGUGUUACUACAGGAGGAAACCUAAACUAAACUAACUUUAUUUAUACUGGAUAGCUCUAUCAGUUCUAAACUGUUCUUCCUAGAGGUCCAGUAAGGAUCAUCUCUUAUUGAUCCAGUGUCACUACAGGAGGAAACCUAAACUAAACUAACUUUAUUUAUACUGGAUAGCUCUAUCAGUUCUAAACUGUUCUCCCUAGAGGUCCAGUAAGGAUCAUCUCUCAUUGAUCCAGUGUUACUACAGGAGGAAACCUAAACUAAACUAACUUUAUUUAUACUGGAUAACUCUAUUAGUUCUAAACUGUUCUCCCUAGAGGUCCAGUAAAGAUCAUCUCUUAUUCACUGACCAAUGCGCUAGGCUGAAACAGUUUUUCUGAUAUAUUUAUAGCAAAUUUUCAGAGCAGUCUCGCUCAAAUUCUGCUCCUAGCAUCGAAUCUGGCAUUGGAAUUGGUUUGGUCGAAUUACGUAAAAAAGACGAACUUAUCAACUUUUGGGAAUUUGUCCAGUGCGCACCUAUAGAGUUCAGUUUGCCCGAGUCAUGGUGGGAAUCUGGGACGAGUCCUGAGGAAAUGGGUAUUAUGACCGUGGAUAUUGCUGGGAAUAUUUGUAGAUCUUGUUUUAUUGGAUAUGAAGAAUUUAUGAAGGGUGUAGGACGCUCAGCAGUGAAGCCUGAUGACAAAGUUUCGGAGAUUGAAGAAUCGGCUUAAUUAUAACUCAAUGGCGUUAAAGAGGUAAGCAUAGAUCUCCGUCGGUCAAAUCUUGAGAAUGUCAAAAAAAACAAAAUUUGUCGGAUGGCAUUUUCUGUUGCAAGCUGUCAACUGACAUGUCCAUAUAGAUCUGGAAAGGACUUUGGAAAGUCUAAUUUCCAUUGAGUACAAUGGAUAUACAGGGUAUAUAAACAAAAACGAGACCUUUAGAAAUUAAUAUAUUGUCGUUAAGCACAAUAUACAAGGUGUAUAAAAAAACGCGCAACCUAGCUCGGAAUUUCCUAAGAAAUCCACUUUGCAAUUCUUGAGCAUAAAAGAUUUUAGGCCCCUGGGAAUUGAAAUCGAAUUGCUAGUAGAUCAUAUUUUACUGUUGUUGUACUGUACUUGUAAAAUAAAAACUUAUCGAGUGUCUUUAAAUAAAUGCAUAAAUUUUGCUUUAUGCACUCGCGUGUGCAGUAAUUUUGACAGUUGUGCUAUUUUAAAUUGCCAGGCACCUGAAAUCUUUUGUCCUUAAAACAAUGUCGAUUCUUGGGAAAUUCCGAGGUUGCGUUUUUUUUUAUUUAAAAUUCACUUCAAUUGUGUCUUCGCAAUCUUGUGUUCGACAUAGUGCUUAUAGCAUUCAAAUUAUAACAAUAAGGUUAAUUUCUAAAGGUCUAGUUUUUUUUAUACACCCUGUAUUACAUCUCGCCUAACAAUGACCCAGAUAUUACACAUACCAAAAAUCAUAUGUGGCGUUAAACGCUUUUCAAUAAUAACGACACUUCAAUUUCAACGUACAACAUUUAAAAAUGAUCAAAUGUAUAUAUUAUCAAAAAGGGUCGAGAUUGCUGUAUAUUUUCUGUCAGAGAUGUCAAAAUAACGUAGUCUCUUUAAGAUUUGAGUGCAUCAUGGUCUAUCAAGAUAUGACAUGGCCUGGAAGCUUUAAGCCCUGGGCAAACUAGGAAACAUUGUUGUGGAAACAUUUGGGAUUCUCGAUGUUUCCAUGUUUGCCCACCUGUGGAAACAUUGUUGCGGAAACAAAAUUUGCUUCCCGAGAAGCAAAAAUGUUUCCUAGCAAAUUCAGAAACAUUUGAUGCUUCCCUAUGUUUCUCACUAAUGUUUCCUAGUGUUUGCCCACUCUGGGAAACAUGGCGAAACAUUGGUAGGAAACAAUGUUUCCGCAACAAUGUUUCCUAGUUUGCCCUGGGCUUAACAGAAGUCAUUGUGUAUUGUUUUUUGUCUGAGUUUAUAUUACGGAGAUUGAGCUCAUUGUAUUUUCGUAUAAUGAAGUAAUCGUCCAAUAGGGAUAGCUGAGAUGAAACGUGUGACCACGAUGAAUAAUAUUUAAUGAAGUUGAGACAAAGGAUUUGUGCACGGUGAUGUACAGUUCAACAUCAAACAAAACAAAGCUCUUCUAUUGAAGGUAUUCCAGACCAUCCUAUCUUGACAAACUACGAGUAUAUAAACCAAUUAACUACUUAAGAGUCCGGUUAAUGUAACCAUGGGAAUUUUCCUUGUUGAAAUAACCACACUAUGUUAAGUUGUUUAAAAAAGAUACUCCAAAGAACCACAAUUAUAUUACGUUUAUCCAUUUACUGUUUUCAUACCAAUAAAGAUGAGGCUUUUAGCUGUCGAAUGCUACAUUUCUUGUAUCGUUGCGAUCAAAAAUAGCCAAAUAAGAUGCGAUCUAAAAAUGCCACUCGAAAUCACAUUUUCCCACCGCUGGGAAUUGUAUGUGAAGCUAUUGUCUGAGUAUUGAAACUAUUACCCUUGUCGUCCCUUGUCCUUGAGUAAAUACGGCGCAACGUAUGUGUACAGUAAGCAUCAAGUUUCGAUAAACUUUUACUCGCAAUUUUACAUCGAAGUGGAGUGGCUAAAACACUUUACAACACUGGAAGCUUGCAGACUAAUUACGUCGCAACUACACUGUUUUCAACUUAGGACCACCUUGAAUGGAAAGGAUUUCAAGGAGUUUUUUCCCAUGGGCUAUGCACAGAGAAGCAGAACAUCCUUCUCCAACACAUGCAUGAAAAAGAAUCCUUUAUUUUGACCAAUAAAUGUGGAAAUAAGCAUUAACACGAAAACGAGGCUUAUUUCCAUGUUUAUUGAUCAAAAUCCAAAAUUGUUUUUCGCGCAUGUGUUGAAGAAGGAUGUUCUGCUUCUCUGUGCAUAGCCCGCGAGAAAAAAAACUUGAAAUCCUUUCCAUUUAAGGUGGUCCUAAGUUGAAAACAAUGUAGUUGCGACGUAAUUAUCGAAAGGGUGUAUUGGAUUGGAAGGACAUUUAAAUCCCACAGGUGGAUUCGAAUGCAAAUUGAACCGAGCACUGUAAAUCAGAUCACAUUUGAUCAUUUUUUAUCGCAAUCAUAUAAAGGUGUCAUUUUACAGCUAAAAGUCUGAUCUUUAUAAAUACGAAAAAGAAAACUUAUUGACGUAAUGAUGUAUUAGUUAAAUUAACGCACGAGUCAAAGUUGAACAAGCUUUUUUAUACACCCUGUAUAGAGCUGGCUUAGGCCCCGUUUACAUGAGACCGGGACGAAGUCAAACCGCAAUGAAAAUUGAAAUUGUCAACAUGUUUACAUGAGACCGGUACGAAAAUCACAAAAUUUCCAAUUGAUUCCAGGCAAUUUUCUUUUCUAGAUGGCUUUUGUUAGCAUGUGUUGUUCCAAUGUCAAGAUUACAGCCGAGACCGGUCUGAAAUGUAUUUGUGUUUACAUCUAUCCCAGUCUGAAUUCAUGCCGGUCUGAAGUCAGUCUGCUCGGUCCAGCAGGCGGAAUGACUUGAGACUGGUCUGAGUUAUUUUCGUCCCGGGCUCAUGUAAACAUCUAUUAUAAAUAAUACUACGACUGAAACGAAACAGUCCCGGUUUGAAUAGACCUUUCCCCUUUUAAGUGAAAUUUUGAUCUGGACAAAAAUUUCAUCACAGCUUGAAAUAUUCCAAAGUUUCGUUGCGAAAUGUUGUAAAAUGCGGAUAAUAUAGCCUUGCGAAGUUUGCCGUUUUUCAGUCAUUUUGUGUUACAAAUGGGAAAUUGAUAAUCAGUUUGAUCAUCUGAUUAUGACUGAAAAACGGCAAACUUCGCAAGGCUAUAGUAUCCGCAUUUUACAACAUUUUACAACGAAACUUCGGAAUAUUACUAAUUUUGCUAUGCUCUUUCACGCUGUGAUGACAUUUUUGUCUAGACUUGUUGAGAUCAAAAUUUUGGUUAAUUGGGGAAUGGUCCAUUUUAAAUGUGAAAAUGGCGCUGUAAAAAUAGAGAAGUUUCAAAAAUAUAUUAGCAUUUCCCUGUUUAGGGCAGUUUUUCCAAAAUCAUGAUCAUUAAGUUCUUUGUAUGUUUGCAUGGCGAUAAAACAUAUAAUAGUUUUGUUUGUGGAAACACCACGUAAAUUUAUUACUGCAAAGCUUUCGAUUCGAAUUUUUGUCCAGACUUGACUAGAUCAAAAUUUCACUUAAAAGGGGAAAGGUCUAUUCGUUCAGUCUCAUGUAAAACGCGGCCUUCGAAUGGAUGGUCUAUUCAGUAACAGUCUUCGGUGCAGUGUUUUCAAUCUCCCCGCUGUGACUCAACACCAUUCGUUCAUAAAACAGCAGAUACGCUUGCGCUUUCAAAACUCGAUCCAGGCCGACCUCGGACACAUGACUGUCGCUGAUGUAGAACCAUCGCGAGCUUGAAAGUCCCUCGUGUACAUAAGAUUCCCGUUUAUCACCCUGAGUCCACAUUUGAUCCAUAAUAUUUAAUAAUUGGGUCAAAUUUUCGAAUUUUGUUUCGAAAAGCGACGAUGGUACUGUAGGAACGCGGCAAUAAGCCGUGUAAUGACCGCUGUGUAGACUGCCUGAAUGCUCAACAAUUCCAAAUAGGGAAUAGAGGACCUUUCCUUCAGAAUCUGUUGCCAGCUAAAAAGUAUAAAAAUUUGUUCAUGUAUUACAUAUAAUAAUUAAUUAUUAAUAUAUAUAAUUAUAAUUAUUAUUAUUAUUAUUAUUAUAAAUUAAUAACUACAUAUAACAAUAUAUAUAAUCAUAUACCCAUUUUAUUCUUGUUUUUACUGUAAAUAGUACAUAUGUAGUACUCUGUGAUUCAUGUAGCCAAUUGUAAAUUACCUAAGUCAGUAGUGAGAUUUACAAUUGUAUAUAUACGUAAAAAAUUCAAUAAAGUUUUCAUUAUUAUUGAUGAGGCCAAGAGACUCGCAACAAGUUGUUCCAACAAGUCUGAUAUCGUCUGCACGUAACACGUUGUUAACAAGUUGAUGACAACAAGCUCGUAGCAACUUGUUACGAACAGCCUGUAUUAGUCUUGUUGGAACAACUUGUAGCAAGCCUGUUACCGUCAUCAACCUUGUUGUUAACAAGGUUGUUGUGAAGCCGAUAUCAGGAUGUGUUCGCACUGCUUGUUCCCAGUUGUUGUGACAAGUCUGGAACAAGUUGUUAUCACCUUGUUACAAGGUUGAUGACGGUAACAGACUUGCUACAAUUUGUUCCAACAAGACUAAUACAGGCUGUUCGUAACAAGUUGCUACGAGCUUGUUGUCAUCAACUUGUUAACAACUUGUUACGUUCAGACGAUAUCAGACUUGUUGGAACAACUUGUUGCGAGUCUGUUGGUCUCAUCAACCUUGCUACAAGAUGAUAACAACUUGUUCCAGACUUGUCAACAAACUGGGAACAAGCAGUGCGAACACAUCUGUUGACAAGCUGUAAGAUCUUUACGCGUGUAGGUAAUUAGAGAUUUAGAAUAUUUUUAAUCUAUUAUAGAACUCCUCACCUUGCUGGAUUUGUGGCAAAACGGGGCAAUGUCUAACAGCAAUGGGAAAUCGACAUGCUUUGGAAUUUUCUUUAAAGAGUAUCCGACUUGAUGGAACCUUUUCAAAUGCAGUGUGAAUAUUGGCGGAGCUUCAUUGAUGAGGAGUUGUUUCACCGCUUCGGUGUAAAUUGGCUUUCGUUUGGUCUUCUUCUCGCUUGUGGUAUCUGUAUGAAAGGUAAACAGGCUAUUAGCAGAAGUGAGAUGUACAUGGCCUUUAUUAAAGCAUAUAAAAUUCAAUUUGUGCAUGUUCAUAUUAGAAACGAGUCAGGCCACUGGCUAGGUGAGAUCUCAGCUUGCGCUAGGUGGAAUCUUGGUCAACUUGGAGUAGAAUUUUCCUUAUGAACGCUUUACUCCACGUGACCGAGAUGGACACACAAAACAGUAGUUAGAUAUUGUCAAUUUAAAUACAAUUACUGCCAUUGAUGCUGUAAAAUUGACGCCAUAUUUGUACACUUCAGACAUCAUUUUCUCUUUGGCAUACCAUCUAAAAUCUCUUCAUCCUAGCAUAAUUUUACAGACAAAGCACUAAACAUACUUUGCCGCUUGAGAACGUAUGAAAAAUUUAAAAAUUUAAUAUAGUCCUAACCAAGUGAAAAGGAUAUUCAUUAGUAUUGAGCGCGUGUUACGUAACAUACAAAAUAUCCCCCUAAUCUUUUCAAACUAAGGGACCGGUCAUUAUUUAUGCCGGGGGGUGGCACCGAAGAGAAAAGGGUUGGGUAAACUAAAUUUUGAGUGAAUAAAAGGUUGGGUAAAUGAAAAACAAAACAACUCAAGGGUUGGGUAAUAAAAAGUUAUUGUUCAAAGCAUGACUCACUUAAAUAUUGGAG